CGACACGAAAAAGCGCCGGCUGGUUAGCAACCGCAGCGAGGUAUCGAGCAAGUCUCAACCGGGCUGACGUCACGAGACGAGGACCGGCCGGCUGCCGAGAGCCCACACCACGGCCCCCGAGUCCAUCAGGAAAAUGAGCACAGUUCAGAUAAUAAACGAGCAGGUGCCCCGUGUCAUUGACCAACAACUUAUAGAGCGGCAGGCGAACGAGAGCAAUUUGCUGGUGACCAAUUUGCGGUCACUGGACCUUCAUUCAUCGAGAAUUUUCGUGAUUGAAAACUUAUGGCAUCUAGAGAGUUUGACGGUUCUGAAGUUAAAUGACAACUGCAUUGAAAGAAUGGAAAAUUUAGAUGCGCUGACCAACCUGAUCGAGUUGAAUUUGUCCUUUAACAGAAUUAGCAAAAUAGAGAAUUUAAAGCAGCUGGUUAAUCUGGAGCGGCUGCUUCUGCACUCUAACCAAAUUCACCUUGCAGAAAACAUGGACACCUUGCAGAAUCUGCGGCUGCUCACCCUGAGCCAAAAUCAAAUCGACUCUUUUGAUAGUGUAAUUUAUUUGCGGCGGCUGAAGAAUUUGCGCGCCUUGUCGAUGGACAACAACCCAGUGUGCAAGGAGGCGCACUUCCAGGAGUUUGUUCUGGAGUUCCUGCCAGAGCUGCGCUACUACGAGUACAAUCUAAUUUCAAAUGACCAAAGGCCCAAGGAAUCAAAGUUCAAGCAGCUGCUGGCUAAGGUGGAGGAAGAGGAGGCUGAAGCAGAUGUGCGAUUGAGAAUGGAGCAGCAGCAGAAAAGGAGGCGACUUGAACUGGAGAAGGCCUUUGUUGAGACGGUUGAGCCAAGCACCCUCCUGCAACCCCUUGCGAGUGCUUCCUGGAGUCUUGUGGUGCAGAUUGGGGCGCUCGAAGAUUUGCAGGCAGAGCACAAGGUGCAGGUUGCAAAAGUGUGCGAGCAGUUGCAAGAGGCUGCUCUGGCACAAAUGCAGCGUCGCCAGAAUGAGAUUGAUUUGUUUCACUCAGGCAUUCGGCAGGCCAGACUGGAGAAUGGACUUCAGGGGCAGAAAUUAGUGGAAGAUUUCAUGGCGCCGAAGGAGAAAAUCUGCGAGGAUUUGCGGAAACUCUUAGCAGCGGCCGAGAGAAGGAAGCCUGGGCAGGAGGAGUCCCCUGAAAUGGACCAGGUGCGCGAAAUUGCCAAUCAGUUGAUCAACAACAGCGAGAGUCUCAAAGACAACUUGAUGGUACUUGAAAUUGAACUUCAAGAGCAAAUUGAGGAGAAAAUUGAGAUUUUCAGCAGAAGCAUGAGUGAGCUGAUGGCCUCUUUCCAGAAUGUAGCCAAGCUUAAGUUGUUGCGUCUCCGCGAACUAGAAAUGCUCUUCCAUCGAGAUCUGCUGGAUCCAUGUCUCACGAGGGCAUCAAACAUUUAUCUCAAAGGUCAGGGUAAAGGGGCCCAGUUGCUUGAGCUGGCCAAGGAACCAAGUUUGUUGAUGGAACAAUUGAUCGAGAAUCACGAAGAGAGACUCCAUGAAAUUUGGAGGCAGGAGGUCAAGCUGGUCGCUAGUUGUGACGUUUGGCUAGAGAAUCAAAUUGCCCAGUUGAAAGAGAAUGAAUUUAAGAGGGGAAGAGAACAGGUGCUUGAGGUGGCACAUUUUGUGGAUCUGCAACAACAAGAGAUGAUGGACCUCCAGCCAGGCUCUUGUCUGCCAUCGCUUGGGCUCUUGUGAACCAAUCAAAAGCCACAUGUACUAGAAAACGUGGAAACUUCUUUUUUUAAUAUCAUUAACUUUUGGCAACAAAAAUAAUAUGUAAAUAAACAUCAAUAAUUAACAAAAUGUAAAAAAAAUUAUUUUCCUUGCUUGUUCUUGAGCGCCUCCAAGUACUUCUCAAGGCUACUUUGCACAAUUGGCUGGUUGACGAAGCUUAGGAAGAUGUUCAAGUCAAGUUCCCUGUUCUGCUGGAGCCAGUCGAGCGCGUCAUUGCGCAGAUUCAGCUUAGUGAGC